AUAAACUUAUAUACAAGAAAUAGCACAAACUCUCUUCCUUUACUAGUACAAUCCAAUGGCUACUUCUCUCUCGAAUCAAAUUCUACUAGGUUGUUCAUGUUCUUCUACUUCAUUCUCUUCCAAAUCUCGUCAAAAACCCAAUUUCGCACGCUUUCCAUCUCGCCCCUUUUCCGCCUCCAACACUGUCUUAGGGUUUCCAGCCCCCUUUUCCUCUCUCCAUCCAACCUCACUCUUCGCUUCUUCCCAAAUAAAUAACGAAACAGAAGAGAUUCAAAUUGAUGAAGAUAGAAAAACUUUACCCAGCUUAGCGAUUCUUAUUGAAUCAUACAAGAAAGCCUUUCUUACCGGCAACGAAAAGAUUGCAUCAGAGAUUGAAGGAACAAUACAAUUAAAGCAGAAUGAAAAGGUUAAAUUGGUUCAGAAAGUAUCUACUCUAUCGGAUGAUAAGGUUUCGGUUAAGGAGCAAUAUCUUCGCUUACAAGCGGAUUUUGAUAACUUUAGGAAAAGAUUUGACAAGGAAAGAGUUGGGAUUCGAUCGGAUGCGCAACAGGGGUUCAUUAAGAAGCUUUUGUUGAUGGCGGAUAGUUUUGAGAGAGUUAAGCGACAAAUUGAAGUGGCGACGGAGAAAGAGAAGAAGAUUGAUGUGAGUUAUCAGAGUAUUUAUAAGCAGUUUGUUGAGACUUUGAGGAGUCAUCAGGUUUCUGUUGUAGCAACCGUUGGCAAGCCUUUUAAUCCGUUGCUACAUGAAGCCAUUGGACGUGAGGAGUCCGAAGUGUUCAAGGAAGGGAUUAUAAUUAAAGAAUCCCGACGAGGUUUUGUGCUUAAAGAUAAGGUUUUAAGGCCAGCAUUUGUGAAGGUUUCCUCAGGUCCUGGGAAUAAGAAAUCUUCAGUGACACCUGCCAAGUCCGUGGAGCAGCCUUCAACAGCAGCUAGAAUUGAUGAAAGAUAAUUAAUCUCUUGAACUUUCUCUGCUAUUCAUCAAAAACCUAGUUCCUUCUGCUUACAUGGUAUCUUGUCAUUGGUAAACUUGAAAUGAUGCUUUUGUUCUAUCGAUAUGUUGAGCCCAAGUGAGUAUAAUCAUUAAUCCAUAAUACGCAUCUGUUGAAACUGCACUGCAAUUUUGGUUUCAUAAUGGAAAUUGGGAGUUAUUUUUAA